AUGGGCAAUGAGAAUCCUUCCUUGAUGUUUACCCAUGAAGGAGAAGAGCAUAACCUAAGUGAGAGCCACACCACAGUAUUAGAAGUGAAAAUGGUCAGGCAGGUUGAUUAUGGACUGUACCGGUAUAAUAACAUGCCGCUUAAACUUCUCGGCCUUCAAUCGCGUGAUCAUAGCGGCAAGGAUAACGAACAGCUCUUCCUUCAGCAGGGAGCCGCAAACACCAUGAACAUUGUGGUACAUGUCGAUUUUAAUAUGAGGGUUGUCCCCCGAACGGAUCCAAAAGUCGCUGGGAAACCACGAGUCUUGUUUGAACAGAACCACGCCUCAAACCGGUUACUGUCAUCGUCAUUGUCCAACACCGAAACCGAUCCAACUGAAUACAAAGCUGAGGAUGAGGCCAUAGUCAAUAAAGCCCUCAUUUUGUCCCUUGAAACCGGUUCAAACCUUGCGGGGCCUCUCCUGGUCGGUUGGGCACUGAAACAGUUCCAAUUUUCUCCCAGAUUUAACAAGGAAAACUACAUUACCUUCACCGACGGUGAUCUCUGGGAUGCUAUUACUCGUCGUAUCUAUGCCAUCAUAGAAGUCAAGAAGCACCAGUUUCGGUUGAACACGGCGAAGGGAAUAAAGAUACCAAUGCAAGAGUCGGCGCAGUCAGUCGGCCUCCUGAAACGUACUGAGGAAGAUCCAAGACUCUUUAAAAAUCAGUCCGUCAUCGCAUUGUAUUAA